AUGUUAGAUGACAUUUAUAGGGGGACAUUUCCAGAUGCAAAUAUAGGUGAAUCCUCCACUUCUCCAGGUCCAUCAAACAAUGAUCACAAAGCAAGACCUUUUGAUCAGUUGUGGGAAGAUGCCCAAUGUGAGCUUUAUCCAGGUUGUAAAAAGUUUUCUAAACUCUCUUUUUGUAUGAAGCUGCUUCAUAUAAAGACACUUUGCAAUUGGAGUGAUAAGUCGUUUGAUUUGAUGAUUGACUUGAUAAAGCAGGCACUCCCAGAUGGGGAGUCAUUGCCAAAAUCAUAUUAUGAAGCGAAGCAGUUUAGGCGAGACUUGGGUUUUAGCUAUGAGUUGAUACAUGUAUGCAAAAAUGUAUGUACACUUUUUUGGAAGGAACAUGCUGAUAAAGAAGAAUGCCGAAAAUGUCAUACUUCAAGAUGGAAAGAGGACAAUGGUAAAGGUAAAAAAAUUCCUUGGAAGGUCUUAAGGUAUUUUCCAAUUAAACCAAGGUUGCAGCGAUUGUUUAUGUCAAAAGAUUUAGCUAAAGACAUGAGGUGGCACAAAGAUGAGCGACUUGAAGAUGGAGAUUACCUUAGACAUCCUGCCGAUUCAAUAGUGUGGAAAGAGUUUGAUAAAAAACAUGCUUGGUUUGCUGCAGAUUCCCGCAAUGUGCGACUUGGUUUAGCAAGCGAUGGGUUUAAUCCAUUUGGUAACAUGAGUACAUCAUAUAGCAUGUGGCCAGUAGUACUUAUGCCGUAUAAUUUACCUCCAUGGAGGUGUAUGAAGGAUCCAUAUAUGAUUUUGUCCUUACUUAUUCCUGGACGUAAGGCACCUGGAAACAAAAUUGAUGUGUACUUGCAGUCGUUAGUGGAUGAUUUAAAAGAAUUAUGGAAUGAAGGCAUCAAGACGUAUGACUCAUCAAAGCAACAUUCAUUUAAGUUGCAUGCAGCGUUAUUAUGGACUAUAAAUGAUUUUCCUGCAUAUGCGAACUUAUCUGGGUGGUCUACCAAGGGAAAGUUAGCAUGUCCCAUAUGUAAUGAGAAUACAGAGUCGAGUUAUUUGAAGUCUAGCCACAAAUUGUGUUACAUGGGUCAUCAUCGAUUCUUACCUCAGGAGCAUAAUUGGGGCCAGAAAAAAGAAUUUUUUGAUGGAACUGAAGAGCAUAGGAUAGCUCCUAAUGAAUUAUCAGGAGAUCAACUGUUACAACAACUAAUGAAUGUUCCAAAAGUGCAAUUUGGAGAUGAUGAAGCUACAAGAAAAAGAAAGCGCACAAAGAUCGAGUUGAAUUGGACAAAGAAAAGUAUUUUUUUUGAGUUACCUUAUUGGUCAACACUAAAACUGAGACAUAACUUAGAUGUCAUGCAUAUUGAGAAGAAUAUAUGUGACAGUGUCUUAGGUACACUGAUGUAUGAUAGUGGAAAAGGGAAAAAUAAAGACACUUCUAAAGCACGAAAGGAUUUAGAAGAUAUGGGCAUACGUAAAGAUUUGCACUUACAGAAAAUUGGUACAUCUACAAAAAUGCCACAAGCAAAGUAUACAUUGACAAAAGUUGAGAAUACAAGAUUCUGUGAUUGGCUAAAAAAUGUAAAGUUUCCUGAUGGGUAUGCAUCUAACAUUAGUAGAUGUGUGAACACCAAUGAGGGUACGAUUUCAGGAAUGAAAAGUCAUGAUCUUCAUGUACUCUUACAACGAUUACUUCCUGUUGCAAUUCGUGGAUAUUUCAAUGAUAAUAUACGUACAACAUUGACUGAAUUGUGUUUAUUUUUUAAGGACUUGUGUUCACGAACAUUGAAGUUAGAUGUCUUAAAUCAAAUGAAGGAAGACAUUGUUGUGAUUUUAUGCAAAAUGGAAAUGAUAUUUCCACCUGCUUUUUUCGAUAUAAUGGUACAUCUAGCUCUUUAUUUACCUCGAGAGGCAGAGCUUGCAAGUCCUGUUCAAUUUCGUUAG